AUGCAGGCCUUGCUGCCGCGCGCGUACAACUCACAGCAUGUACAGGUGCUUCUGCAGGGCUUGGUGCUGGUUUGUGUUUGGCUAGAUCUUUGCUGCUCUGCAGGCUCUACCAAGAGGGGCUCUGCUGACGGAGGUGAUCCAUCGCUAAGGGGGGUCGUCGGUACGCUGCGGGCCCUCUUAAGGCAGCACCCUGGAGCCCUUUUGAUGGGCGCGUUGUCUGUGUCUGGCACAGCCAUGCUGUCCUACGGCGGCUAUGCUUGGGGCUGCGUGCAUCUCCAGAAGCACGGCGCUUCGCACACAAGCUUGAUCUUUGCCGGCGCCCUUAGCCGCUCUGUGGCGAUCCUCUUGGCACCCUUCGUAGGUUGGUUGGCAGACACGCGAGGCAGCGGCUACGAUUUGAGCCCCAGUGUGUUCGCCGUUGUCGUGUUCGUCUUCGGGCUUGGCUAUGGCAUCCUGCUGGCGUUUAACUCCAUGGUGCAGCCCUUGCACAUAGUAGAGCUGUUCCCUGUGGCUGUCCGCAAUGUCGGCGUUGGAAUGAGCUACAAUGUUGGCUACUGUCUCUUUGGGGGGUUUGCGCCAGCCAUGUUUGAGGUGUCGUACAAACUGAACCCCGUGCUGCCUGGAGUCUUACUAAGCCUGGCCGGUUGCAUACCAGCACUGGCCAUACUCGCAAGCUUGUGGUUGCAGUCCCGCGGAGUUCUGCGCCUGGCGCACAUUCGGCCAGCUCCAUACUUUGGACGCCACAAACCAUGCAAAGACAGCCAAACUGAUCUUGUCAACCUCUCUUGGACUAUCGGCGCAGCGAGCAAGACAAGCGACUCAGAAAUUCCGAUUGCAGGGGUGGUUGAGUGA